CUGUGGCUUAAAUUCACAUGAAUACUCCAGAUUCUUCUUCUCUUUCACAUAUUUUCAUUUAAAUUUAAUUUUAAGACCUCAAAUUCAAUUACAAUAAAUUUAAUUUUUAGUUUUUUUUUUUCACAUAUUUGUAAAUUAUAAUUAACUGCAUUUUAUAUUAACGUAUUUAGGAUAAUAAUUCCAAGCAAGGUUAUCGUAAGUUUAUUCAUUCUUAUCUAUUUUAUUUUAGAAAUUAGAAUAUUAUGGUGAUUGAUUUUUAAGAUUUUAUUUCCUUCUAUUUUAUUUUAAUAUUUUUAAUAAUUUUAACAAAUUUUAAUAAAUAUUUAUAUAAUUAAUUUAAUUACUCCUAUAUUAUCUAAAUUGUUUCCGCUAGAAGAUAAGAAGAUAGAGAAAAACAAAUCAAUAAAAAAAAUAAUUGGAUUGGUUGAGGGUGAUCCUAGAAAACCUUUUGCUGCUGUGUCUUCCGUCACCUCAGAGGAGUCUCACUGAGUUACUGAGAAGAGAUUAGGGAGAGAAAAAAUGGGAAAAGGAGGGAUGUCUCAGGGCGGAGAUGGAAGAGGUGAAGGAGAAGAGAACAUGGCAGCAUGGCUUCUUGGGGUUAACAACCUCAAGAUCCAACCUUUCAUCCUCCCUCCUCUUGGUCCUCAUGAUGUUAGAGUUAGGAUGAAGGCUGUUGGUAUAUGUGGAAGUGAUGUUCACUACCUCAAGAAAUUGAGAUGUGCAGAUUUUAUUGUUAAAGAGCCUAUGGUGAUCGGCCAUGAAUGUGCUGGGAUCAUUGAUGAAGUUGGUCCCCAGGUGAAGUCUCUGGUGCCAGGGGAUCGAGUGGCAUUGGAGCCUGGAAUCAGUUGCUGGCGAUGCCAACUCUGCAAAGAAGGCCGAUACAAUCUGUGCCCUGAGAUGAAAUUUUUUGCUACACCUCCUGUUCAUGGUUCUCUUGCCAAUCAGGUUGUGCAUCCUGCAGAUCUAUGCUUUAAACUGCCAGACAAUGUGAGCUUGGAGGAAGGGGCAAUGUGUGAGCCAUUAAGUGUUGGUGUUCAUGCUUGUCGCCGUGCUGAUAUAGGUCCAGAGUCGAAUGUAUUGGUCAUGGGUGCAGGGCCAAUUGGGCUUGUUACAAUGCUUGCAGCUCGUGCUUUUGGAGCACCCAGAAUUGUCAUUGUGGAUGUGGACGAUUACCGGUUAUCUGUUGCAAAGGAUCUUGGUGCAGAUGAGAUUGUUAAAGUUUCGACAAAUAUUCAGGAUGUAGCUGAAGAAGUGGUGCAGAUACAUAAAGCUAUGGGAGCUAGAGUGGAUGUGAGCUUUGAUUGUGCCGGCUUUGAUAAAACCAUGUCAACCGCUCUAAGUGCCACUUCUACUGGUGGCAAAGUUUGUCUUGUGGGGAUGGGGCACAAUGAAAUGACGGUUCCGCUUACUCCUGCUGCUGCAAGGGAAGUUGAUGUGGUUGGUGUGUUCCGGUACAAGAACACAUGGCCGAUAUGCAUCGAGUUCCUGAGGAGUGUGAAGAUCGACGUGAAGCCCCUGAUAACACAUAGGUUCGGCUUCUCCCAAAGGGAGGUAGAAGAAGCCUUUGAAACCAGUGCUCGUGGUGGUACUGCCAUUAAGGUCAUGUUCAACCUCUAGACUCAGCCGGCCUGCUUUUAUGUAAAUAUUUAUUUGAAUAAAAUGGAUUUAAAAAUAAAUGGUAUGAAUAAAACAGUCUUACCAGUCUAGAUGGUGAUGUGAUUUCCAUAAAUUGUAGUCUCUACCAAUCACUAUGUAGAAAUAGUUGCUAUGGUAAAAUCCCUUAAUAGUUUGAUGUUUUAUUCUCUUUCAAA